AUGCCGAAUUUUAUAACAGUAGCGACUUGCUCUCUAAAUCAGUGGGCUCUCGAUUGGGAAGGCAAUCUGUCUCGCAUCAUUUCUUCCAUCGAGCAGGCCAAAGCUGAAGGCGCUACUCUCCGUGUAGGACCAGAACUAGAAAUAACGGGCUACGCAUGCUAUGACCAUUUCUUAGAGGCCGACACUUUCUUACAUUCCUGGGAAAUGCUAUCAAAGAUUCUCUGUGAUCCAGUCUCUCGUGACAUACUUCUUGACAUUGGAAUGCCCGUUAGCCAUCGCAAUGUAUCCUACAACUCAAGAAUCAUCUGUUUCAACGGACAGAUCCUUCUUAUACGGCCUAAAUUGUAUCUUGCAGAAAGCGGCAAUUAUCGCGAAUUCCGAUUCUUUGCCCCAUGGGGCCGUCCUGGGCAUCACGAAGAGUACAUCUUGCCUAGAAUGAUCCAAAACCUUACUGGUCAGAAGAAGACAACAAUUGGAGACGCCGUUAUCGGCUGUAAAGAUACUGUCGUCGGAUGUGAGACUUGCGAAGAACUUUUCACUCCUUGUGCACCUUGCAGUCCCAUGGGAUUAGAUGGAGUAGAGAUUUUCACAAACUCCAGCGGCUCGCAUCACGAAUUGCGAAAGCUCAAAACACGGUUUGACUUGAUCAAUGAAGCGACUAGGAAAGCAGGCGGGAUAUAUUUGUACUCCAAUUCUAAAGGUUGUUCUGGCGAUCGGCUGUAUUACGAUGGAUCCGCAAUGAUAUUUAUGAAUGGAAACUUGUUGCAGCAGGGAUCUCAAUUUUCUUUGGACGACGUUGAAGUGACGACCGCUACUUGUGAUCUUGAAGAAGUUCGAUCCUUCAGGCGCACUCCGACAUGGUCGCAGCAAGCACCACAAAGACAAUAUACCAGAAUAGAAGUAGAUUUCGCCCUUUCUGUUCAAGGCUCUUGCCUCGAGACAAAUCUACUCCCAACGAAGCCUCGAGAGCCUUAUUUCCACAUCCCCGAGGAAGAGAUCAGUCAGGGCCCUGCCUGUUACCUUUGGGACUAUCUUAGAAGAAGCCGGCAGGCUGGUUUCUUCUUGCCACUGUCUGGGGGUAUUGACAGUGCAAGCACUGCUCUGAUUGUUUUCUCUAUGUGCCGCUUGGUGGCUAAAGCCAUUGAGAAUAAAAACGCACAAGUAAUUGCAGACUUACGCAUGAUCUGCAAAGACGAUGAAUGGCUGCCCGACAGCCCAGAAGAGAUUUGCAACAGGCUGUUUCACACAUGCUACAUGGGUACUGAGAAGAACAGCUCGAAAGAAACCCGUCAAAGAGCGAAAGAUCUAGCGAAACGGCUGUCGUCAUAUCAUACCGACGUCAAUAUUGACAGUAUUGUGACAGCGGUGUUAGGCGUAUUCACUGCGGUAACACGCUUCACACCACACUACACAAGCCAAGGAGGCACCGUAGCUGAAGGACCGGAUCUGAACCCAAUAGGCGGAAUUUCUAAGCUCGAUCUAAGGUUAUUCAUCGCUUGGGCGAAGGAAAAAUUCGAUUUACCUAUUAUGUCCGAAUUUCUUACAGCACUUCCAACCGCAGAAUUGGUACCUUUCUCGGAUUCUUAUUCGCAGAAUGACGAGGAAGAAAUGGGCUUGACUUACAAAGAGCUGAGCGUGCUUGGCCGACUACGCAAAAUUCAUAAACUAGGACCCUUUGGAGCAUGGGAAAAAUUAGUCUAUGAAUGGCAAGAUAUAAUGACCCCACAGGAGAUCUAUGAGAAAGUGAAGACAUUUUUUCAUUACUAUGGCAUUAAUAGGCAUAAGAUGGUGACGGUUACUCCGGCCCUGCAUCUUGAGAAUUAUAGUCCGGAUGACAACCGCUUUGAUGAACGCCCUUUCUUGUAUCCAUACCUCAGCUGGCCGUACAAGAAGAUCGAAAUGGCACUCAAAAACUAUAACAUGAAAAUUGCAGAAAAAGAAUAUUGA